AUGGAAGACUCCAAGGAAAGAAUCGUCCUGAAUGUCGGAGGAGUCAGAUAUGAGACAUACAGCAGCACCCUCUGGAGCUUACCAGGGACCAAGCUGUGCAGCCUUACAGAGCCCCAUGCUCUAAGCACCUAUGACUAUGAUCCCACCACCAAAGAGUUCUUUUUUGAUAGGAGUCCUGAGAUAUUCAGCUAUGUGUUGAACUAUUAUAGGACCAAACAUUUCCACUGCCCCAUUGAUACCUGCAGAGAGAUUUGCAUCCUGCUGAUGAUUUUGGCCUUUGAGACCCUCUUCUUUGGCUCUCUCUUUUUCUAUGGGGAGUUGCUGGGUAGCCAUCCGUCCUACACAGGGGAGCUGCACUUCACUGAAUUCCUUGUUUGCUUCUGGUGGGCUUUAAUCACACUCACUACAGUGGGCUAUGGAGAUAUUAUUCCUCUCACCACAGCUGGCCAACCGCUGGAAGACUGGCUGAAUUACAGCCUGACCAUGCACCGCAUAGCCCAGCUCUGA